AUGGAUGACACUUCCCAUGUCUUUUUAAUAAAAGAUAAAAUCCGUUGUAUUCAAAAGAAAAUUAUGGACCAAUUAGCUGCUGAUCUGAAUAGUGCAUUGAAUGAUGCGAAUAUUUUAACAUCACCAUUAUCAAAUGUUCCAUUGACGUCAUCAUCAUCGUUUUCAACAUCAUUGAAAAUAAAACGUCGUCGAAAACGUCCUGUUAACAAUGAAUCACAACAACAAAAAACUGAGGCAUCAGAUAGUACAACACCGGAAAAUUCACGAAAUCGAAUGGGUAUUAGUAAACAAUCUGCAAGUGAUGGCGAUGAUUUGCAAAUGCCAUCAAAAACACAAUCCUCAUCAUUAAUUAUCGCAUCUGAAUCCGAUUCAGCUUCACAAACCGAUGACAUACGGCGGCGACAUCGCCCAUUUAAAAAGCCAAUAAUUCCAUCUACAUCUCUGACGAAACUUGAACAACCUAUUAAAUUAAUACGUUGCUCCAGUAUGAAAGUAUCGAGUUCGACAAUAAACCCAACAACAACAACAACAACAAUAAAUGCAAAUCUAAAUCAUCGAUGUCAAAAUUGUCGAAGCACAGGCAAUUGCCGCAAAAUUGAUACUGACGAUGAUCCAUCGGCACCAUCAUCAGCAUCAUUGUUUUCAUUAGCUAUUGCGAAUAUUAACUGUAAUGGUAAACGUAAACGGUCACGUGCAAUUAUUCAUGAUGAUUUUCGUCUCGGAAACAAUAGUCUACAUGAUUAUGAUAUGACAUGUGGUGAUGAUCCGAAUCUAACCAAUAUUAGUAGUGACAGUAGCUUAAAUUUAAGCGACAGUGAUAAAGAUCCUUGUCUAACUAGUAAUGAAGCUGACGAUGAACAAUCAGAUUGGCCACGAGAUGAAAGUAGUAUACCUCGAUGUUUAUCAUGGAAAGAAGAUGGUGACAAUAAUAAUGCUGCUGCUGCCGACGAUGACGAUGAUGAGAAAAUGUUAACAACAAAUGAAGGAACUUUAGAUAAAAUUGUUAGCGGUGCAUUUAAUAUGGUAUUACAUACUUCAAAAGAUACAAUAAAAAAUCGAAUCAAAUCAUUUGUUAAUCGAGAAAUGCUAACAGGAAAUCGAAGAAAUAUUAGUUCAAAAAAUAAUUAUGCACAUCCUCAUCUGAAGCGACAUGUUCGCUUAUUAAAAGAAACGCGUCGUUCUCAUCAUAAUAGUUACAAUCAUAAACGUGUUAAAAGUGAACACUAUCCUCCGAGACAUCAUGAUAUUGUUGCACCGAUUGAUUCAACAAAUAUUGGUCAUCAAUUAUUAGAAAAAAUUGGUUGGACACCCGGCAAUGGUCUAGGUUUAAAUCAAGAUGGCAUCACAGCACCUGUAGACAUCAAUUAUCAUAAUUGUAGACAAGGUUUCGGCUAUGACAAUACGUCCAUUGAUACAAUCGAACGAAUGGAAAGUGAACAUCAACCACCGUCUUCAUCUAGUCAUCCAUCUCAUGUAUAA